AUGCUAAAAUUCCAUUUUUAUCUCAAAACAAAACCAGAUGAUAAAAGUCAAAAAGAUGUAAAACAAGAACAAAAAUUUGAUACGGUUUGUAUUUCAUUUGAUUUUAUGCGUAUUCAUUUAUCAAAUUUACGACGUACAUAUGAACUUAUUCCUAUUUUUGAAAAACAGUAUAAUCUCAUCAAUGUUCCUAUUGAUAAUGAAGAAAAAAAAGAAAAAGCAUUCCAAUCAUGUAUACCUAUUUUUGAACAUAUUCGAAAAGCUCCAUUACAUGAUGAUAUUUAUAAUUAUAUCGAACAAAUUCUAUCUACAUUGGAUAUUGAUAUUCAUGUUAAAGAUGGAUUUGAAAAUAUAUUCAAGUCUAUUAUCGAAGAGAUCCAAAAGUUAAAACUUUGUGUCGAUACAAGUGCAACAAGAAUAGAAGGACAAGAAAAAACAAUUAAAGAACAAGGAAUAACAAUUAAAGAACAAG